GCAGCCCGGAGUAGGGGUGGUGUGGCCUGCCUUUUAUUUUUCUCAAUUCAGGCUCCCUCUUCAUUUCCGCGCUAAUAGGAAUUCAUACACUUUAACAAUUCAAAAGUUUUCUGUCACAGGCCAAUGUCGCCGUGGAUAGUUCCAGCAGUAUUCGUGCCAGUCGCACUCGGAGUAGGCACAUCGUUCAAGGCACUCAGCAGCUCCGACUGGCACACGCGCCUACGCAAGCCCAAGUACAACGCCCCACACGCAUCCUUAUUGCCCGUGCUCGUGCUCCUGUACACGCUCCAGGGCAUUGGAUCAUAUUUAGUGUCGAAUGAAAUGGUGGUGGGCGACCACACAGCAGAGCUAGUUGCGCAGACAGCUGGGCAGGCGGGACUUGGAUUCUUCUGGCUGCAGCUGACGUUUUUGGCGUUCUGGCCGCGGCUACUGGCAUGCGGAGUGAGGCUGGCGUUGGCAGAUCUGUGUGUGGCGGUGGUGGUGCAGGUGCUGGGGAUGAUCCAGUUCUUUCGCGUCAGUGUGGCGGGCGGGUUGCUGAUGCUGGUAAGCUUGCUUGGGUGCGUGGCUUUGGGCGUGUGGAAUCUGGCGCUGGUGCGCAAGAGCUCUUAAGCUUUGUAAUUUUUAAAAUAGGGUGGGAGGAAAUAAAUCCCAUCGAUGGCUGGCAGGCAUCAGUCUGGCCGCGAAAACAACCGCAGCAGACAGACAAUAGGCAGGCAUAAAGUGAUGCGUAUAUUUUCCGAUGGGCAGGAUUGGCGGUGUGUUUGCUUAUUUUUGGGCCCUAUUACCAAUCCGCAUGUCUUGAAGCAAGGAAAAAGGGUGUGGAGACGAUGGUUCUGGAGCGCACGGGGCGGGGGUUUGCUAUAUUUGGACGGAGAAACAA